UAUUCUCUGAUCAUUUUGCAUAGUUUUAAAUCUUUUUUGCUUUUAACAGGACAGACUUAAUCCAGCCACUUAAGUAAAACUGUGGAUAGCUUAGUGAAGUAAAACUAAUUUUGUUGUUGUUUGUUUGUUCAAUAUUUGUCUUUAUACCAACUGUGUGCCAAUGUGAUUUUUCAGUUUUUUCAGAAUCUUCUGCCACAUUGUGUACUUCCUGUUUUCCAUUGAAAAUAAAAUUCUGCUUACUCUUUGUUCCUAGAUCCUUCUAAUUAAUGCAUUUUGCAGGUUAAAGCUCAAUUCAGACUUUCCUCAAGCUUUUGAAGUGUGAUGAAUGUGCUAGUUCUCAGCAAACUAAUCUUGCCACAUUGUUACAGAGCUAUCCCAUAGUUACCCCUCUGCUUUUGUUCUCCUGUGAUAUAUCAUCCAGCAUGAAAUUUGGUUUUAGGGCCACAUUUGAGCAACUUGUGCUUUUUAAAAAUAAUCUGGGGCUGAGACAUUUUGUAAGCAUGUCUCCACAAGCAGCUUUUUCAGUGGACAUUUUCUCACAGCAUAACAGAGGCUCUGCUGUGAGUUCAGUCUGUACACAGCCCUGCUUGUUAUACAAUACAAAUGCAUUUUGCGAGAUGAUACCUUGUUACCAUUUAUACAGGGAUACCAUGCACUUGAUAAACUGUAUUGCCUCUAUUUAAAGUGAAAUUACUCAAAAUGUCUCAUUCUCAAAAGGAUUCUCUCUUGUCCUCCUCCCCACUCCUAAAAGUACUGAAGUUCAGUGUCAGGUUUCUCUGCUAUUUUAUACAUUAUUUGCUUGCAGAAGCGAUGGCAAGAGAUUGCUGAGCAAUAAGUUUCAGUUUUUCCAUUGUCAAAGGCAUAUUUUUGUCUUGUAGUAGGGCAUUAUGCAUUAGCAGCUGGGCGUGGAAUCUGAACAUUACCCAAUAUCAUCUUAUGAAGAAGCAGGAAAAAUGAGCAGUGCUCAGAAUGCCUGAAUUAAAAUGGCUCCCUUAGGUUUAGCUGAAGAGGGAUGUGUCUCAAAUCUGCGCCUCCAGAGAUAUUGCUGACGGGGGGAAAGCGUGCUUGCAUGGGCAGCUCUUGUGCACAUAAUGAAACACAGCACCACAAGUCCCCUGAAGUUCACCUUUUUAAAUUGUUCAAAUGCAAAUUCUUUCAUAGUUCACAAAAUAUAAAUGUCUGCAUUGCAGCAAGAUGUCUGAAGCAAGGAGAGACAGCCGUGUUGUUCCCAGGAUCAGCCCAAUCAUGCUGUUCUCCUCAGAGCUGGAGCCAAUAGAAAGAGAGGAGAAGUUAAAGAUUGACAAAUACUGUAGCCAGGCGAAGAAAGGCCUUCUGGAAAUUUCUCCCAUCUUUGUUCAUCUAAGUAAAGCAAAUUCAGCCAAUCUGAGAAUUCCACAUAAUUCCCAAUCCUUUGGCAGUGUAUUAAUCUGUCACAUUUAUGAAUGGCACACACACAGAUAACAGGCUGGUCUUUCUCCCCUGUUUUUUUUUUAACCAGGUGAAAUGCAUUGUCUUUAAACCACGGUGGGUGGAGGUGAGUGGAGGUGCUUUUACUGCCCAGACACAACUGAUUUUGGUGCUAAAUGCUGCAGGUCUUGAUGCUGAUUUGUUUUCUCAGGAACCACAUAAUUGAGCUGUAGUCCUCACCAAACAACUGUUAUGGUAAAACUAAAAUUGAUAGUUUAAUUACUCUUUUAACACUUUGCAAGCAUAUGGACUUCUUAAAAUUAUCCAAGGUGAAUAUACUUCAUCUUUAUUACUUAAAUCAACAUUUGUUUACUUUUGCAGUUAUCUCUGCAGAUACUGUAGCAUUGUGUGUGUAUGGAUUAUUGCGUUUGUAAACUAGAAUGAAAGUAUGAGGGAAAGAAACUGUAUGCUUUUCCUCCUUUGUAUGCCAACUCAUGUAACUGGCAGCUAAACCAAAAUGGAUUAAUGUAAAAAUUGAUAUCAAUAAUAAUUUGCUUACUGAUAGCAUUUAGCAAAACUGGAAAAUAAAAUGGUGCAACAUGUGAAGUGUCCCAGAUGAAUGACCCUUCCUCUUCCUCUCCAUUUGAUUUGUUGACUUCAGAAGAGCCAUGUACAGAGUGAGUCCAUGCUUUUUCUUUUCUUUUUUUUUAAUACAAAGGACAUCACUUGUAAAAUCAGCAUCAGUUCCUUCUUAUGAUAAGAUGCUUUAUUAGUGUGGCAUAUACAUAUUCUAGGAGCCCCGGUGGUGAAGUGUGCUAAAGCACUGAGCUGCUGAACUUGCAGACCGAAAGGUCGCAGGUUCAAAUCCUGGGAGCAGAGUAAGCGUCUGCUGUUAGCUCCAGCUUCUGCCAACCUAGCAGUUCGAAAACAUGCCAAUGUGAGUAGAUCAAUAGGUACCGCUCCGGUGAGAAGGUAAUGGCACUCCAUGCAGUCAUGCCGGCCACAUGACCUUGGAGGUGUCUACGGACAAUGCUGGCUCUUCGGCUUAGAAAUGGAGAUGAGAACCAACCCCCAGAGUCAGACAUGACUGGACUUAAUGUCAGGGAAAACCUUUACCUUUAUGCAUAUUCUAAUUUGUAAUACUUUAAAAAAUGUCCCUCUAUUUUACUGCCAUGCUUAUUUCCCCUUGCAUAAAUGAACCAUGUUGUUUUACACGUGGCAAAAAAUAAAGAAAGUCCAAUGCGCUCAAACAGGUGCUACAUUGUAGUCAUCAAUUUCAGGAGUGAUAAGGCUCAGGGCCAACGAUUCCCUGAAUUCUGUUGAGCCAAGCAUAUCACAUUGAAGACCCCAGAAUGGCAUCUUGGUAUUUUGGGGGAGGGGAGUAUGCUCCAAUCAUACUGUAGCAACCAGAAUAUGUACAUUAGGUCAUCAGAUUGGGAUUGGGAAACCUAGGGCCCAAAGUUAUCUCUUUCACAGGAUGUGGUGCAUAUAUGCUCAGGCUCAGUUUGAUGUACUUUGCUGCAGUCAGAUUUGUUUUUGUCUUCUGAGCUGACAAUGUAUUGCUAGGUCCCACUGAGCAAUUUAAAACAUGAUAAAAGCUUUGUCUUGAGAGCACUAACCCACUGUGAUUUUGCUUGCAGAGGAAGACAUUUUGCUUAACAGAGAUUACAAAGUCUUGAGAGAAGCAGAUGGCUUCUGUGAAAUUAGUUGCCUUAAAUAUACUAACCUCCCCAAAAGACAAAGCUGUUAGUAUUUUCAAAGUCCUGUUUGUGCUACCCAUGUCUUAGAUACACAGUUGUUUGCCAGAAUUUGAAGCCUUGAACCUGAUUAAAUUUUUGUCAUGCCUUUAUCAAAUAACACCUCAAAAUAUUUUACAUGCUUUAGAGAGUUCAGCGCCUGAAAUUGUAUUUUUAUAUCUUACAGUUAGCAUUUUAAAAGUUUUAAUGUAGAUUAGGCACCACAAAAUAAUUGGAGAAACAGAAUCAGACCUUGCAUAUUCAAACUGAAGAGAACAUCUAAAAUGGAAGGAUUUCCUUAGUAACCUGUGACUUCACAAAGCUCCCUGUCUUCUGCAAUUUAGUUACACAUUGGGUUGUCAGAUAUCACUGUGUCAUCUUUUACAGCUUUCCUGCUACUUUGAUGAUUGCUUCAAAAUAGUACUACUGUUUGAACAAGGGUCGUAGUUAUUGAAUAAAUUGUUACCAUUUUAGCUACUGUAUAGGAAUGAGGCAAUGCAGUGCUGCCAGACGCCAUUUUAAGAAUCCUGCAUAAAUAGCAUAGCUACCGAUGAGUAAGAGACUGUUAUAGCUUAGCUGAAGAAGAAAUAAAGACAGAGCAGGAGGUAGUGGAAGGGAUGGAUAUCUCCACUCGAUCCAAAGAUCCUGGCUCUGCUGAACGUACAGCGCAAAAAAGGAAGUUUCCAAGUCCUCCACAUUCUUCCAAUGGUCACUCACCAGAAGACUCAUCAACCAGCCCUGUUAAAAAGAAAAAGAAACCUGGCUUAUUGAAUAGUAAUAAUAAAGAGCAGUCAGAACUAAGACAUGGUCCGUUUUACUAUAUGAAGCAGCCACUCACCACAGACCCUGUUGAUGUUGUACCGCAGGAUGGACGGAAUGAUUUCUAUUGCUGGGUUUGUCAUCGGGAAGGCCAAGUCCUCUGCUGUGAACUCUGCCCUCGGGUUUAUCACGCUAAAUGUCUGAAACUGACAGCGGAGCCAGAGGGGGAUUGGUUUUGCCCAGAAUGUGAGAAAAUUACUGUAGCCGAAUGCAUAGAAACACAGAGUAAAGCUAUGACAAUGCUCACUAUUGAACAGCUAUCCUACUUGCUCAAGUUUGCACUACAGAAAAUGAAACAGCCAGGGACAGAGCCAUUUCAAAAGCCAGUUUCACUGGAUCAGCAUCCAGAUUAUGCAGAAUACAUCUUUCAUCCAAUGGAUCUAUGUACAUUAGAAAAGAAUGUUAAAAAGAAGAUGUAUGGUUGCACUGAAGCUUUUUUGGCUGAUGCCAAAUGGAUUUUGCACAAUUGCAUAAUAUACAAUGGAGGAAAUCACAAAUUGACACAAACAGCAAAAGUCAUAAUCAAAAUCUGUGAGCAUGAGAUGAAUGAAAUUGAAGUCUGUCCAGAAUGUUAUUUAGCUGCUUGCCAAAAAAGAGAGAAUUGGUUUUGUGAGCCUUGUAGUAAUCCACAUCCGUUGGUCUGGGCUAAACUCAAAGGUUUCCCAUUCUGGCCUGCUAAAGCACUGAGGGAUAAAGAUGGUCAAGUUGAUGCUCGUUUCUUUGGUCAACAUGACAGGGCCUGGGUUCCAGUAAAUAAUUGCUACCUCAUGUCUAAAGAAAUACCUUUUUCCGUGAAAAAGACAAAAAGCAUAUUCAACAGUGCAAUGCAAGAGAUGGAGGUUUAUGUGGAGAAUAUCCGUAGAAAGUUUGGAGUUUUUAAUUAUGCACCUUUCCGGACACCAUAUACUCCCAAUAAUCAAUACCAAAUGUUAUUAGAUCCUUCAAAUCCUGGUGCUGGAACUGCUAAGACUGACAAACAAGAAAAAAUAAAACUUAAUUUUGAUAUGACGGCAUCACCCAAGAUUUUAAUGAGUAAAUCAAUGCUCAGCGGUGGUACUGGACGAAGGAUUUCUCUAACAGACAUGCCACGUUCCCCAAUGAGUACCAAUUCAUCUGUUCACACUGGAUCUGACAUUGAACAGGAUGCAGAGAAAAAAACAACCUCCAGUCACUUUAGUGCCAGUGAAGAGUCCAUGGACUUCAUUGAUAAGAACACAGCUUCUCCAGCAGCAACAAGAGCAGGCCAAGCUGGAAGCUUAUCUGGCAGCCCCAAACCGUUCUCUCCUUCAACACCCACUGCUACUAAGCAUGAAAGAACAUCUACUCCAGGAAGCAUUCUUAAUCUUAAUCUAGAUCGCAGUAAAGCUGAGAUGGACUUAAAAGAGUUAAGUGAAUCAGUACAGCAGCAGUCCACACCUGUGCCAUUGAUUUCACCGAAGCGGCAAAUUCGCAGCAGAUUUCAGCUUAAUCUUGACAAGACGAUAGAGAGUUGUAAAGCACAGCUAGGGAUCAAUGAAAUAUCUGAAGAUGUUGCAGUAGAACAUAGUGAUUCAGAGGAUUCUGAGAAGUCGGAGUCCAGUGAUAGUGAAUACAUCAGUGACGAUGAGCAGAAAUCCAAGAAUGAACAGGAAGAAGAAGAUAAAGAUGGUGUAAGAAAUGACAAGGAAAACUUGGCUACGAAAAAAAAGCCAAAGCCAUCAACUCCAAGUGAAGAAAAAGAAGAAAUUAAAAGUUCAGGCUCAGUAGUUGAGAAAACAGAUACCCCUGUCAAAGACAAGGCAACUGCAGACUUUGAUAAAGGUAUUUCUGAAAAAGGGAAAAAUUUGUCCCAUCCUACAAAGGAGAAGUUAAAAGGUAAAGAUGAGACAGACUCUCCAACUGUACAUCUUGGUCUGGAUUCUGAUUCAGAAAGUGAGCUUGUAAUUGACCUUGGAGAAGACCAGUGUGGACGUGAGGGACGAAAAAACAGAAAAGAACCCAAGGAAUCACCUCCUAAGCAGGAAGCUGCUUCUAAAACGGCACCUUCCUCAGCUGUGAGCAGCCAGCCUCCUGCUGAAACUCAGGUGCUUACUCGAUCGGCAUCCCAAACCCCUCCAGCUGGUGUCACGGCCACAACUAGCACUACUUCCACGGCCAGCACUCCAGCUGCAGCCACAGGGAGCCCAGUGAAAAAGCAGAGGCCGCUCCUACCAAAGGAAACUGCCCCAGCUGUCCAGCGGGUAGUGUGGAAUUCUUCAAACAAAUUUCAGACUUCUUCCCAAAAAUGGCAUAUGCAGAAAGUACAAAGGCAGCAACAGCAGCAGCAGCAGAAUCAGCAGCAACAACCUCAGUCUUCCCAAGGAACAAGAUAUCAGACAAGACAGGCAGUGAAAGCUGUGCAGCAAAAGGAAAUUACUCAGAGUACUUCCACAUCUACCAUCACCUUGGUUACAAGCACUCAGCCUGUUUCUAUAGUAACCAGUUCUGGAUCAGCAAGUACACUCUCAUCUUCACUUAAUACAGACUUGCCGAUAGCAACAGCUUCAGCAGAUGUGGCUGCAGAUAUUGCUAAGUAUACUAGUAAAAUGAUGGAUGCCAUAAAAGGAACAAUGACUGAAAUAUACAAUGAUCUUUCAAAAAAUACCACUGGAAGCACAAUUGCUGAGAUUCGUCGUUUGAGAAUUGAGAUAGAAAAACUUCAGUGGUUACAUCAGCAAGAACUCUCAGAAAUGAAACAUAAUCUAGAACUCACAAUGGCUGAAAUGCGGCAGAGUUUAGAACAGGAAAGAGAUCGCUUAAUUGCAGAAGUGAAGAAACAGCUAGAACUGGAAAAGCAGCAGGCGGUGGAUGAAACCAAGAAGAAGCAAUGGUGUGCCAACUGCAAAAAAGAGGCCAUUUUCUAUUGUUGUUGGAACACCAGCUAUUGUGAUUACCCUUGUCAGCAAGCGCACUGGCCAGAGCAUAUGAAGUCUUGCACGCAGUCAGCCACGGCAACACAGCAAGAAACAGACACUGAAAUUAGCACAGAAACAUUAAACAAAACAUCCCAGCCUGUGUCCAGUGCACAGCCCGCACCUACAGAAACUGCCAGUACUCCAAAAGAAAAAGAGGCAACUGUUGAAAAGAGUAAAGAAAGUGUUACGACUAUUCCUGUAGUAGUAAGCCCUACAGCUGGAACUGUGGCCAUGAGAACGGGAGUUCAGUAUGUUCAAACGACGAUGCCUGUCCAAGUGCGGCGAGUCUAACUGCUUAUGCUAAUGAACGAAUCACGGCAGCUGUUGGAAUAGAGAAUAACUUCUGUAAUAGAAAUGUGAAGAAAAAAUCCCCACAGUUGAUUGAAUUAACCUCAAAGGUUUUGACUUUUAGCUUUGUACAUGUAUACAAAGCAUUUAACUACACUACAUUAAUGUAAAGCAUUAGUGGCUGGCUUUAAAAAGCUCAAGGACUGGUAAAAUGUACGGUAAAACUAUGCUUCUGUUGUAAAUGAUGUACAAUUUGUGGAUGAUGUUAGAGUGCCAUCUCCUUUUUAUAUUUGUAUGGACUUCAGCGUAAAAGGAGAGUGUUGGAAGCUGGUGAAGGAAAUGUUAAAUCUGACUUGCCACAAAUAUCACCCUGGUCUUCUGGGAACUGCAGUUGCACACAUAAAUCAUUCUUCCUCUCUGGGAUUUACGGAAGAGAAGACUGGACCAUUUGUCUUUCCUUUGGAAAUGGAAAUAAUGCCUGCACGUCUGUUUGUGCAACUGAACCUUGGUCGUUUUAAAUUUGUCAACUUAAACAUUUCCCAUCUUUGGACCUCAAGUACAUUAAAGGGCAUAUUUUGUGCUGCAUAUUUAAAAUGAGAGAGAUUGUUUACAAAAAAGUUUAAAUUUCAUUCAUGCUAAGAGCAGGGGAGUAGUGUGCUUCAGUGUAGAUGGAAUAUACUGAUCAAUAAUUCCAGAGAGAAUAAAAGUGGGUAUUUGGAGCUAUGCUUCCUACUGGAUUGUUUCAGUUGUGACAAGUACAUAUGUGUCCAAAGGAUGUUGAAAUGAUUUUAAAGGGAACAGGUGCCAGAGAUGGAGAGAACUCUUUUACCUGGAGAACAUGGGCAAGAGGCAUUGCUGCUGGGCUAGAGCAUGUAUUAUGGAAUUUUUAUGUUUCUAUGUAAGCAUGAAAACAGUACAGUAUGAGAGAGAAAGUAACCCAUGAAAACGCUGUCUGUUACACUUAUACUGUAGUACGAUUUUGUAUGUUGUGUAAACAAAAGCAUUGAACAAAGCAAGGUGAUGUAUGUAUAUGAGAAAAUAAUUGUAUGAUAUCAUUCCAGUACAUUUUGUUGUACAUUUUAGUCAUAUUGAUUUCUGCCAUUGUUUAUAAAGGAUGCAGUUUGUACAGUCUCCAGCUAGUACACACCUUAGUGGGAAAGGAAGAAAAACUAGAAGGAAGAAAAAUCAAGAGCAGACUAUUUGUGAAUUGCAGUUGUGUCAAAGAUAGCCUAGCUGGCCUUAUUUGUGAAGCAUAAUUGCUUUUAGCAUAUGGAAGUAUUUUUUCACAUUUUCUUUGUAUAAAAUUUGUAUUAAACUAAAUAUCUUUUUUGA